CGCAGCCCAAAACCGAAACAAAAUUCAAAUCAAACUGAAAAACAAGAAGGAACCAAACUAGGUCGGUUCGGAAAAGAAAACGAACUUAUUCGGUCGCCGACAUACUCACUUUCAUAUAUACAACCUGAAAUUCGAUCCCAAAAAACCCGAAACUGAAAACAGAUCAAGGAAGAAGAACAGGGUACCAGACAAAGCGGGCAGGAAGGGAGUUAAGGUUAUGGCAUUGCCGAAACAAUCUGGAACCAAGCGAAAACUGCAUGCUGAUGAUGAAGGUGGGUCAGAAUCUGAAAGUGAUGUCUCAGAAAGCCUCUCUGACAUCGACGAUGCCGAGAUUGCUCCAUACCUUAACAACAAGAAGGAGACAUUCUAUAAAAGCAUCAUUUGGGAAGCGAUGAACAGAGAUUCUGCUAAGGGAAAGAGCAGAAAACAAGCACGAAAACCCCAGAAAGCUGCUCCUCCAAGCAAAGCAGUCAAAAUUUCUACUGAGAUGGAUGAUAGAAAGAGGCCAAGUUCAAAAAUCAACUAUGAGGCCUUGAAGAAAUUAAAUGAAGAGGAUGGUAACCAUGCACCUGACUUUGACGAAGGCAGCCAUGGUGAUAUGCAGCACUCAAAUGACAAAUUCGACGGUGAAGCACAAAGUUUUAGAGGCAGUUAUGAUGAUGAGUUGGAUAAUGAACAUGCAUAUAGUGAAGAUGCUGAAGGCAGACAUGGCUAUGAAGACGAAGAUACAUAUUUUCCAAAUGAUGGUUAUAAUGAAUAUGGCUGUGAGGAUGAGUAUUGUUUUGACGAUUUCUGACACUCUGUGUUUGUAAUGAUUCAAUGUUAUCUUUCUUUCAUGGUUGAGUUGCAUAAUGUAAUGACCUAACUCAUUUGAGCAUUGUUUCUAUAUUGAAGUAUAAGAAAGAAAAAUGAGCACAAUUCUAUAGGGGAACAUUGUAUUAUUGAUUCGAAGCUGUUUAAUACAGAGCGAGGAGCAGUUUAAAUGAA